GGGACCGUUCGGAAGCAUUCGGAAGAGUUCGCCGGUUGCGCGAGGGCUGUUGAACAUCAUGGCGUCAGGAGCUGGAGAUCCGUCAGGCGGACACGAUGCAGAAUUGGACGAACUACUGGACAGUGCGUUGGAUGAUUUUGAUAAAGCAUCUGCUGCUUCUGCACCGGAACCUGCAGCUGCUUCAUCUUCUGCCAGCAGCGGGGCAGAAAAGCCCCCUCUAUUAGAGGACAACAAACUUUUCGAGACCCUGUUUGAAGGGGACAUGGCGGCCCAGGCCAGGGAGGAGUUUGAGAAGGCCAUGUCCGAGCUCGCCCAGGAGGAAUCAGAACUCCUGCGGCUCUUCCACAAACUCUCAGAGGCUGCAGGAAAAGUUGGCACCGAUACUGCCUCCCAGCAAGAGUUCACCUCCUGCCUUAAAGAAACUCUUCGUGGCCUGGCCAAGAAUGCAGACAACCUGCAGUCGUCUGGUUUGGCUGGAGACGACCUGGUGAAAGCUCUGGAGGGUUUGGGGCUUGAAGAAGGCGGCGACGGAGGCGGUGAAGAUGGAAACAUCCUCCCCAUCAUGCAGUCCAUCAUGCAGAAUCUCCUCUCUAAAGACGUCCUCUAUCCAUCUCUCAAAGAGAUCACCUCCAAGUAUCCAGAGUGGCUGGAAACAAACAAGUCAACCCUCAGUGCUGAGGAUCACCAGCGGUACCAGCAGCAGGCGAAGAUCAUGGGAGACAUCUGUAAGCUGUUUGAGAAUGAGGAAGAGGAGGCGGAGGAUAAAGAGCGGACGUUCGAGAGCAUCAUGGAUCUGAUGCAAAAGCUGCAGGAUCUUGGCCAGCCGCCUAAGGAGUUGGCAGGCGACACGCCUCCGGGCUUUAAUUUUGACAUGGACUCCCUCAACCUGCCGGGAGUGGGCGGGGCCGGGGCAGCGGAGCAGUGCUCUGUCAUGUGAUGAGGUGGUGCGGCGGUCCGUCAGAAGAUCUGAAGCCAAACGGUUCCUCUGUGUGUGUUUCAGCAGCAGGAAGGACUUUAGAGAGUGAAACAUGGGUCACGAAGGAGUGAGAUCAGAACGCAGGUUCUGUUCAUAGAAAGGUGUGUGUGUGUAAAAACAACUGGAGGGAAAAACCCAAAAGGAAACCCAAAUACUCUCUAACACCAUCAAAGAUAUUUGUGAUAGUUAGCGAUUGCAGAAACUCCUCCGCGAUUAAUUUUAACAGGAUUUUCUGGAGAAGAAAUGAGCUCAGCUGUUCUCCGUGUUGAUUUUACUGACUGUUUAGCCUCGUGGUGAAUUCUCUCCUGACAACUCGCAGGUUUGAAUGGUGCCUUUUCACAAGCAGCUAGAGUUCAGUUUUUAGCUCUUCUGCUGCUGUUCAGCUGGCUAAUUCAGUCAUAGUUUUAAUAACGAGAUAAAGAUGUGGUAGUUUUGAUCAACAAAAUGUUAUUUUUUGUUUAAAACUUUAAAAUAAUUAAUCUGCAAGGAACUUAACAAGAUCCAUUCCCCUCCCGUUAUCCCCAUUCCCAGGUUUUGAUGUGAAGUGACGGACCCGAUUCCUGAAUGGCUUUGCUGUGGUUACAGUGAUCAUUACAGUGUUCAAUUACUGUACUAAGUGCUUCCUGCGUGAUUCCCGGUGUUUUUUAACAUGCAGGAAAAACCCCCAAAACGACCACAGUGGGUUUUUAGAGCGAUAAUCGCAAGUAAGAUGUCUUUCUAGAAGAGGUGAGAGGAGAAGCAUCACAUUGUGUCACAUGAGGAGGGAUAAAUGUGCAACGUGUGUGCAGGUGGACUGUUUGGUAACGCAUCAACGCCCUGAUGUUAGCACUUUUUGGUUUGUUUAUUCCAGCAAACCCACUUUUCAUCAGCGACUCUUUGCCUCAUAGACAACACUUUUCCUCUUAACAAUAGAGAGAGGUCCAGAAAUGACACGGCCAUCAGCCCAUCUGUAACGGCACAAUAAAAGGGUACUGUCAAAGGAUUUAGCUAUGCACUGAACAGACAUCAGAGGUCCAUCAGAAGCAGCUGAAUGAGAAGCGGCUGCAGAGGUUUGGUCACAUGGUUUGGGGUUAAGGGUAAUCAGCUCUCAGGGCCGACCCGGCACCCUGAAAAUAAACAAAAUGCAACCUGU